GACAGGAGAUAUAGGGACGAGCAGCAGCAGACAACUGUAGAUGGGAGGAAGCAGUCAGCACCAUAGGCACCAUUAAUCAACCAGGGCCAUUGUGGUCCUGUCCUGUACACGGGCGCCAGUACGGGCAGGCAGGCAGACAGAGAGAGAGGAGGUGGUAGAGAGCGAGGAGCAUAGGGAGAGGGAGAGAGGGGGCAGGGUGGCUGCAGGGAGAAAGAGGGGCAGAGGAUGGUUGGGGAUCAGCCUGUAUGUCCACCUCAGCCCCUGCUGCGGGGCUGGGGAGCAGUGCUGCUGUCUCAGUGCUUGUCCUCCGUGUUUUCCCAGAUCCCGGAUCCCGAGCUUUUACCAACAGAGCCCCCAAAGAAGCCGGACCCCGUGACCUCAGAGACCGUCGUUUUCUGGGGGUUGCGGUUAUGGCAGGUCAUUGGCAUCUUCGCGGUGUUUGCUUUGGCAGUUGUUAUCACACUCUGCUGUAUAUUCAAAUGUCGAAUCCCAAGAACCAAAAAGGAAAUUGAGGCGCGACACCAACAAAGGCAGGCCGCCAAGAAAUACGCCAACACAUUAGAGACAGUGCCACCUCUGAACGAGCUGACUGAGAUCCCAGGAUCUGCAAAAGCAGAAGAAAAAGAGGAGGUGCAGACCGUCUCCGGGAAAGUAGAUGCUGAUAAAGCAGAGAAGAAGACGAAGGAGGGCAAGAAAGAAGGAAAGGGUGCCAAAGAGGGGAAAGGAGAUGAAAACGAUGCAUCAACAAAGAAGAAGGGUGAAAAAGGUGAAAAGGGAGCAACCAAGAAAGAGGAUGGUGAUGGGAAAGGAAGGAAAUCUGGAGAGAACGGGGACAAAGGGGAAAAAGGAGCUAAAGGGGGAGCUAAAGGGGGAGCUAAAGAGGGAGCUAAAGGGGGAGCUAAAGGGGGAGCUAAAGGGGGAGCAAAGAAGGCUCAAAAAUGA